UCUAGCCUUCUCUAAAAACGGCUGUCGGGUUUCUAUAAGGAAAGUCGAAAAUCGGACGCCGUUUUAUAGCCUCGCCUUGAAGUCUAAGUCGAAUCCUUCGACUGGAUGUGACGACUUGGCUCGCCUUACUGCUGAAUGGCUAAGGAUAUGCUGCGCUUCGCACCAAUGUCUGCAAUACCAAGAAUCGCCGUGGUACCCGACGCGGCUCCUGAAGUUUUCCGACGAUACCGUACGUAUGAUACAUACGAAAGACGAACCAGAUUUGACGAGUCCUUAUGCAGCAUUAAGUUACUGCUGGGGUAAAACGAAAUUUGAAGUACUAACUUCGUCUACGAUACAAAAGUUCCGGGAGGGAAUCAACGUUCAUUCUCUCCCGAAGACGUUUCAGGAGACCAUGCACUUUUAAAGGGGCUCCAGAUUGGGUACCUGUGGGUCGAUAGUUUCUGCAUCAUCCAAGACUCCGAAGAUGACUGGAACUACGAAGCUAGCAGGAUGGGAGAUGUCUAUCGACACUCUUACUUAACCAUAGCUUCGUCAAAUUCGAAAAGUCCAUACGAAGGAUUAUUCCGAGAGCGCCUCCCCAAUUGUUUUGAUUCAUUAUUCUUGAAUCGGAUACCUUCGCAUUCUGAGUCGCAAUAGUGUUAUAUAUUAGAAAAAGAUACAGUUAAUUUAUCUGCCAUGGCCGAACAGGAAAAAUACUCGCACAUAUCCAGGCGUGCCUGGGUAAUCCAGGAAACUGUUUUGGGUCCCCGCCUACUCUCAUUCACGGAUAGACAAGUCAUCUGGCAAUGUUCGGAAACCGCCGCCUGCGAAGAUUUUCCCGAACCAGAACCUAUUGUGGAAUAUAAUAGAUCGAUAGGCGAUAUAUUUUGGGCUCUAACGGAUUUUGCCGGCCUCUUAAAGGACGAUCGGCUCCAACGCGCGGAGGAGGGAAUUGAAGAAGUCGGGAGUAUCAUAAAAAGUAGCAAACGUAUCCGUGCUUCCGAAGAGAGAUGGUUCGACGUUCUUGAGAAAUACUCGGAGGCGGAGCUCACGUAUCCCGAAAAGGACAUAUUCAAAGCUAUACAAGGUGUGGGGAACCACAUGGCUCGCGUCACUGGUAAAGACUACCAACAUGGGAUUCUCUCUGGGUGUCUGGAAUUAACCUUGCUCUGGAAGGGGAAUCAUCGGGAUGAUAGGCAAAACCCCGUCCUCAGAGAUUCUUCAUUGGCCCCGAGUUGGCAUUGGGCCUCCUACUCGAUGUCCAGUUCUGUUGAUUUUGACUACACUCUGGACCUAUAUGAUAUGCUUCGCGAUUUUAACUGUCGAUUUGCCCCAUUGGCAUAUGUUUUCAUGUCGGAUGAUUGUGACCAAUUGGCCACGAGAAAGGGUGCGCGCGACCUGUGGCCUAACCUUAUGUGCAUAGGCCGUCUCGCACGAGUUGUGAUAGACAGGGCUAAUGGGUGGCCAACUGUCAAGAUUGUCGCAUCUGCUUUAGAAAAAACCAUUACUUUGGACGCAAGUUUUGACGCGAAACACACCGCCAAACAUGGCGUUCUUACAUGCCUUCCACUAAUUAUACAAUACAAGAGAGAUGGAACAGACUAUAUAUGUACCUUGGAAGGACUGCUGCUUCGAGAAUCGGGGAAAGGCCGAUAUGAACGUGUUGGGACUGUCAAGAAAACACUCCAUGAUUCUAGCCCUCGAUCAUGGAACCGUAUUUUUGCUCAGCCACCGAAACUAUUUAUCCUGAACUAGGGCCGAAAUGAAGGGGGGGAUGGGUGCGAACUAGGCGAUAAUUACAAAUAUGACUUGGUCGGGACAGGGCCCAAUUGCGAAUUCACGUAAUUGGCGACUUGUUAACCAUUAAUCGUUCGGUAGAUAUAACAGCCCAGAGUGAGAGUGACGUAUUCGAAGGCCAUUAGAUAACCUCUGUCGGCCGGCGCCAUAACUUUCGAUAGCCAGGCCGUAUCUCGACCACCUUCCCAGAGGGGUUCAC